AUGCAGGUACAAUUCCUUAAGGUUAUGGAUGAAAAAGUGCUAAAAAUGAUUUGUGACUAUGCGACGCCAGUGACGUUCCCCGAAGAUAAAAUCAUAUUUCAAAUGCGGCAUCCAGUUGAUCGCAUGCUCUUCAUUAUAGAGGGCACUGUCUUGACCUACAGCACAACUUCUGAUCCUGGUCCUACACGUGGUGGAAAAACGACGACAAAUAACCGUGCCUCCCCAUCAAUUGCCACCAAGCAACUUGGGAAAGGGCAGAUUUAUGGAGAAGAGCUUCUGAUGAGGGCAUCGCCCAACAAAUCUAGGGUUGACAAGCUUCCUACCUCCACCGAAAUUGUGAAAUGUCAUACGAAAGUAGAAGGCUUUGCUCUCUUAGCCAAGAACUUGAUAAGUGUAGCCUCCAAAUGCCAACGCUGGUGGAACUUAAACAAUGACCCUUGA